CAGCGGGCAGGCGCUCCGACAGCUUCUCCUCCUGCAGCUCCUCUGCUCCAGCCCCACUUCCAGCUCCUGCUCCUUCGCGGGGAGGCCGCCCUCGGAGUCGUGCGCCGGCCCCCAGCAACCUCGCGGCGCCGGGUCCUGGCCGGCUGGGCACUCGAAGCGCUGCGCUCCGCGGCCAAAGUUGCCCCGCAGCGCCGGGCGGGCGAGCUCAGGUUGCAGCGGCCCCAGCGGCGGCGCGCACGGAACUUUGGAGAAGCGAGCGGCAGCCCGGCAGCGGCAGCGACUAUGACUCCCUGGCUCGGGCUGGUGGUGCUCCUGGGCUGGAGCCUGGGGUACUGGGGCGCCGAGGCGUGCACAUGCUCGCCCACCCACCCCCAGGACGCCUUCUGCAACUCUGACAUCGUGAUCCGGGCCAAGGUGGUGGGGAAGAAGCUGGUGAAGGAGGGGCCCUUUGGCACCAUGGUCUACACCAUCAAGCAGAUGAAGAUGUACCGAGGCUUCACCAAGAUGCCGCAUGUGCAGUACAUCUACACGGAAGCUUCCGAGAGUCUCUGUGGCCUGAAACUGGAGGUCAACAAGUACCAGUACCUGAUCACAGGCCGUGUCUACGAUGGGAAGAUGUACACAGGGCUGUGCAACUUCGUUGAGAAAUGGGACCAGCUCACCCUCUCCCAGCGCAAGGGGCUCAACUACCGGUACCACCUGGGCUGUAACUGCAAGAUCAAGUCCUGUUACUACCUGCCUUGCUUUGCGACCUCCAAGAACGAGUGCCUCUGGACCGACAUGCUGUCCAAUUUCGGCUACCCUGGGUACCAGUCCAAACACUACGCUUGCAUCCGGCAGAAGGGUGGCUACUGCAGCUGGUACCGAGGCUGGGCCUCCCCGGACAAAAGCACCAUCAAUGCCACCGACCCCUGAGGGCCAGACCCUGCCGCACCUCACCUCCCUCCCUUCCCACUGAGCUUCCCUCGGACACUAACGCUUCCCAGAUGAUGACCAUGAAAUUAGUGCCUGUUACCUUCAAAUUUAGCACUUGGAACACUUAAAGAAAAGUCUGUGCUGUCAUAUGGAAUUUAAUUUGAAUGAUUCUCCUGGCCCUAUCCUAUCCCUUCUUUUUUGCUUUUGACAUCACCCAUUUCUACCUUGGAGUUUUUGGUGCCAUGCCAGAAAGAAUGAGGACCGUACCCUCCUCUUCUUCGUGAUGAUAUAAUCUAUAUUUUUUUAGGAAAACAAAAACCGGAAAACUAUCCCAUUCGGGCAUUGUGAACACCUACCCUUCUUUCUUCUUCCCCACCUCAACACCUUCCAGACCCUUCUCUCUUUGCCCUUCUCUGCCACCCCAGCACGUAAAAGACACAGACAAGGAAGUUGCCGAAAGGCCAUCUGUUUCAGGAUCAGUCAAGGGCAGCAAGCAGAUAGACUCAAGGUACGCGGAAGAUCUUAUACACUGAGGAGAGGUUACUGCACGGUCCAAGGAGACUGUGUCUGUCUGUGUCUUCGUGAUAGAGUAAGGGAAGGGAGGGUCUGAGGUGAUACAGCACACACAGUCCCCCCGGCCCCGGAUGCUUGGGUUGACCAGAUGUUUCUGAGUCUGGAACAAGUAGUCAUGCCUGAAUCACAGAACUUUCUUAGUGGGUUAAGAUUUAAACCAUCUGCCUGAGGUUGGAAGGCAAAACUGCCUGCCUGAUUCAGACGCUCAGGUGAAAGACACAGCAUUGUCUUUCCCCUCCCCCACCUCCCACAGGACCUCCUCCUGGGAAACUCUUUGGUAGAUUUGACCAGGAGCUUGCCUUUCUGCAAGUUGGAGACAUACACACGCCACACACUAGCCACAGAUAUAGCCAAGUAGAUUUGGGUAGAGAAUACUAUUUCCAAAGUAGUGUUUAGCUCACCUGGGGGGUGGGGGGGAUAUGUUUGUAUACAUAUUUGCAUAUACCCACACGGGGACAUAAGCUAAUUUUUUUCUAGGACACAGAAUUCUGUUCAAUGCUGUUAAAUCCGCCAAUAGUUUAAUCUCUUCUGUUUUGUUGUUGUUGCUGUUCGAAGAAAAUCAUGACAUUCCAAGUUGAUUUUUCUUUUUUUCAUUUUAAUUAAAAUUUGAAAUUUUGAACACCCUAAGCAUCCCCUAACUGGGGUCAUCUGUCCCUCUCCUUUUCUCCUGCUUCACGUUUGGGGCCGUCACUGAGUUGCCUUGCUGACUUGGCUCUGAGGGGACAUGAGAGUUAGCGUGGGUGAGGGGCCGGGUACAGGAGGGGAAACUGCCGUGUCCUGCCUUAGCGAGGACACCUUUCCUGGAAGUGGGGACAGCUUUUUCCCUCCCCCCAGCUCACCCAUAGGUGAAUACCAUGUCCUGAAGUCCUCACUUCAUGGAAUUAAAACGGGGGGUACUGGGGAAACCUGACUGUGCCAUCAGCAAUAGGGUUACUAUACAUUUUUUUUAAAUAAAACUAUAAUAUAAAUCUUCCAAUUAAAUAAAAUUAUUUUAAGUUUUAGCGUUGAAUGUGAGAUGCCAAGAGCAGGUGGUAUAUUUUACAGAGUUGGGGAUGGUAAAAUGGUGACAUUUAACCUGAUUGCUCUGUCUUUUUAUUUAGAUUAUGGGUAUUUAUCCUAUAUUAGUAUGUGUAUCUUCAGUUCAUUCCACUUUAGAAAACAGAGCUGCCCAUGGAAAACAGGAGAAGAAAAAACAAAAAAAACAAAAAAUACAAGCAGACAACACGUAAUGUCUCAUGCACACACACGCCGAUGCCAGGGCACGGUGUCUGCCAGAACCCCAGAGCAGGAGGACAAUACGGGCACCUGGCUUGGGGGUUGAUUUCAUUCCCUGGUACCUCUCACCUUGUGGUCAAACUGUUGGGCAGACAGAUACGGGAACUUUGCCCUCUUGGGGAGGCAGUGUGAGCAGGAGCUGAGGUCAGUGGUCAGUGGUUUCAGCGGGGUGGGCCUUAGGCUUGGUGUUUGGAGACGAUCUUCAUUUCGCCCACAAUGGCUUGCAAGGUGGCAGCGCUCAGCCACCCCUCACACGUCCCCUCCCUCCGUUGGACACCAGCGUCUCCUCCUUGAGGCACCUGGCCAUGUUUGCCUCUCGUGGGAUCACCAGCACUCACAGGAGGGAGGAUGUGAGUGAUCAUGAGUCAGUCACACAAGGCUGCCCCGCAGGAUCUAAGAGUUGGCAGAAUUGCUGUCUCUCCUGUCGGGUCCUGGGGCAGAGCACAGCGGGGCCUGGGCAAAGCCUUGCUGUCGGAGGGCGGUUGUUGAGCUUUCUCUAAGCUAUAGCUUUGUUUAUUUCACCUGUUCACUUACUGUAUAAUUUAAAAUCAUUUAUGUAGCUGAGACACUUCCGUAUUUCAAUCAUACCGUGGACAUUUUAUUUUGCUAAAUCUUGUGUCGUGUAGGCUAUCCUAUGUGUACAUUGUGUUUAGGAGAAAAAAAGAAACCCACAUGCCACCAUUUUCCUGAAUCAAAUUCAACAGUGGAAUGGAGGGUAAAAUGCUUCUGCUGUGCAGACAGCUGGACUGGCGAGCUGGGGGGACAAGGAGGAACUGGCACGGGAGACCCCCCCAGCCUCUGCCCUUGCGGAGCGCAAGGAGAGUGGACGAUAGCACAGCUGUGCUCCGUGACUGGUCUGGGCAGUCUGCUGGUCAUUCCUAUUUCGUUUCCUCCUGGUCCCUUUGCCCACCGAUUGAGAAGCUGUGAUUGCUCCCAAAAAUCAGUGCCAUGGAAGCUGAUUCCAAGAGCUCAUGGCUCCCUCUGGCUGCCUCUACUGCCCCCCCCACUGGAAAGGCGCUCACCAGGAUCCUGCCUGUGUCCCUUCGGACUGAGUCGAUGAUCCUGGGAGACCCCAGCCCUGCCCUUUCUCCUCGUCCAGCCGCCUACCCCAUAGUGAUGGUCGAGCUACCACCCCCGAUACUGCAUUUCAUCCCCUGGUUCUUAUGCAAUUAAAGAGACAAAUGACUUACGGGAACAGCUGUCUCCGAGUCACCCAGAUGCCCAUGAGACUGCGUCCCUCCCUGCCCCAGCCCGUCCUCUAGCGUUUGACCAUUGCCAAGAUGAUUGCCCAGAUGACACCCCAUGUUUGGAUCCUGGCUGCCCAAAGAAUCACUAAAAUCACAGUAUGAAAGCUAAAUUCUUAAAAAGCCUCAUGGUAAAGACGAAACCAAAUGGUGGGGGGUGGGGGUGGGGGCGGGGCACUAGGGGAGGUUGUUCAACAGCAGCCUGUGAACCAGCUGCUGGAGCACGCGGUGGGGUUCCCGCUCCCGGGGAGGGGCUUCUCAGAUUCUCCCGUGCCCCUGCCUGCCUUUCCCCUUAGCCAGUCUGCUGCCCUGAGACCCAGAAGUGAUGGAGAGAAACCAACCAGAGGAAACCCUAUCUGGAAGGAAUGUAUUUGUUGCUAAAUUUUGUAGCACUGUUUACAGUUUUCCUCCAUGUUAUUUAUGAAUUUUAUAUUCCGUGAAUGUAUAUUGUCUUGUAAUGUUGCAUAAUGUUCACUUUUUAUAGUGUGUCCUUUAUUCUAAACAGUAAAGUGAUUUUAUUUCUAUCACACAAUG